ACGUGUUUGCAAGCACAUUGCAAGCACAUUGCAAGUCAAGUUUUCAUGACAAGUUUUCGUGACUUUGGGAGCUACUAGUUUACAGUACGUGGACAUUGACAGCAUUGAAACGCGGGUCGUCAUAUCUCUUGGUGAAGAAACCUUUCAUGUUGCUGUUACUGACAGGUCGGGAAGAUGGACCGACACGAGCCGAGCCUGUGGCCGUGCCCACGAAGCUGAUACCACCGCGAACAUUUGGAUAUUUGCUACUUGUUCCAAUAAGCGAAGGACCAUUACAAUGGAUUAUCAGUUCCCUCAUCAACUUUUUCCUGGAUUUUACAACUGCGGUCCCCCGGACGUGGACCUGAAAGUUGACCCUGAACGCUGGGGCAGUUACAACGGAGUCAUACCUCAGGGCAACGUGGGCCCUCGGUCCAGUUGGUCGUUUACGCCGAGGCAUCACAUCAGAGGGGAGACGUGGUGCCAUACAGAGCCUGUGCCAAUGCCGCUUUUAUCUCCCAAAAGAGCCUUCCUCGGACCGUUGACUCCUCCAGAUCCUCAAGACUUCACAGAACACAUGCAGAACUUCUUCACGGAUCACUCCCAGGACGCCUUUGGUGGCAUGAGCGGCGUUCUGGGUGAAAACUUUCACUUCAGACCCAAAAACAGGAAAGAGAGUCGUCGUAAGGAUGCCGUUAGCGUGCGGGGAAUGAAAUCCGGCCCUGACAUCCUGAAGCAUAAAGUAUGCCAUCAGACGUAUCAGUUCAACCUGCUGAAGAAGUACAGUGGUUUGAUGUCGGAUGUGAUCCACGACAUCCCUCCGGAGCUGCUGGGCUCUCUGCUGUACGAGGAGCUGGCGGGGCAGCGGGAUCGCAUGCUGUUCUUUGAAAACGCCACCGGGGGCGCUCUAGUCUUCGUCCCCUUCUCCCAGAGCAGCAGCAUCAGCAGCUCCCAGCGUGGCUGUCUCCUUUAUCCUGCAGGCCAGGGACUGGACCGCCUCAACUUCCAUGAAGUUGAGAUGCACUACCAGGGUGUGAGUCCUGGUCUGGACGCCAGGAGCAGCAAGCCCAUCAGUUUCCAGCUCCAAGCUCCCGUCAGACAGAUCAGCUACGCCUCCAACUCCCAGGACUCUUGCGUGGCCGUGCGGGCGGAUCACUUUUGUGGAGUUUGGAGGUUCAGUGAAGGAAACGAGCCACGUUUGCUGCAAGUUAUCAACACGGAGGAAGUGGCGACCUGCAUUAAUGUCAGUCCUCAUGUAAUGGGUGAAGUUCUGGUGGCCAACGAGAGCACAGUGGCAAGCCUGUGGACUGUGGGCCAGGGCAUGCAGAAGGUCCGGGUGGAGGAUAGCAACUUGUACUUCAAUGCCCAGUCGUCGUGGAGAUGGUGUGAGUUCUCCGCCCAUCCAAGAGUGAUGCUUUACGCAGAUAGGACAGGCGUGGAGCUCACGGAUAUGAGGGAGAGUCCCGCCUGCAGUCACACGUUGUUCCGCAUCAGCAGGAGCUCAGAGUGUCGUAGCAGCGAAAGACUCGUCCUGUCCAAGUAUCUGGGACAGGUCCAUCCGUUUCAUCACCUCAUCACCACACAGUGCUCGGCCUACGUCGUGGAUGAGCGUUUCCCGUGUGUGCCCAUGCUGAAAUGGGAUCACAUGAUGGAGUCCCCACCCGUGUUCUGUCACGCCAUUCCCGACUCUGCUGCCUUCGUCUCUGUAGGGGGCGAGAGCAGCACCACCAAACUUCUGCUCAGCUCCUACAGCUCUCAGGAAAUCACCAUGCUUCAGUACUCGGGAGGCCGAGCCCAGGCCUGUCUUGGUCGCGGUCCUCCUCAGGCUCUUCUCAGACCUAGAGAAGCUCUGAAGCACCUCCCGGUCCAGAUCCCUCACCGCCUGCACGCUGUGAGCAGAAGGAUGUCUUCACCUGCCGCAGGCCUAACGUGCAUCGACGGGACAGCCAGGAGAGGGAGCAUGUGUGUCCUGCAGCUAACCGAGGCAGGAGAUAUUUUCUAUCAAGUUCUGGAGCACAAACUUGCAGAUGGCAGCACACCCCGAUCUCCAGCCGGUGGGAGUCCCCCUGAGCGAGCAGCCGAGGACCCGUCGCCACCGGCGCUGGGAAGUGAAGGGGCGGAGCGGCUCCCGGGGGAAUCUCAGACUGUUAUUCCAGACACGCCAGUCAAAGACACAGGCGGGCCAACCCGGGGCAUGGCUGCAUGCACGGCCGUCGCUGAAACACCAGAGCGAGAGCAACCAACUCGGACCACGCUUAAUUUUGACCAUGAAGGUCGUCUCCGGGACCAGUUGAUCCAAAUGGAUUUAGGUAACGAUGAUGGAAACGUGGCUGAAGUUGAUCCAGCUGGUAAUGCAAAGAAACACAGCGACGAAGAGGCGGUGAACAUCACUGACGGGCCCGCCCCGGUCACGCUCAGCGCCGGCUCCUUAGCCACCUGGAAGCAGUGGCUCCAGAAGCAAAAUCACUGUGGCAAGAAGUCCCGUCCUCAGUCCUCCCAGCACUUCAGAAUCAGAACCACAGGACUGCUGAGUCUGUCCAACACCGGUGCGAGGGAUGCGUGCGAGAAGGGACACACGGAGAGCCUGAGGACGCAUAUGAGGUCGUGCAUGUCGAGCCGCUCGUUGCUCGUUCACAGCACCGUCUCCGCAUCCCUCGGGGUGUUGGACGUGGUGCCGAUGCCGAGCGUGGUGGAUACAGACGCCUGGAGCGACCCCCUCAGCCAGCGGCUGACCCUGUCCUGGCAGGGAGAAGGGUUGUGUCAGGCCUGGUGGGAGGAGGAGCUGGGGACCAACAGGGAGGCCAAGAUGGAAGCUCUGAGGAGGAAGAGGAGGCAGGCAAAGGAGGCCAGGAGGGCGGCAGGUCAUCGGUUAAAGCUGAGUAGAAGCUUCGAUUCAUCCGCUAACUACCAGUCAGAGAGGGACGACUUCAGCUCAAUAGGAUGGUCCUCGCCAGCGAGUCGGGACGUGUGGUCGGACAGGGAAGGUUGUGGACCGCUGUCAGAGCUGGCCACGUUUCUGGAGGAGACACAGAGAGACCCAACACCUUCCAGCAGUCAUACAGUUCCCACCUCCACUGCCUCACCCAAAAGAGUUGGAGAUAAAGUGAGCGGGCAUCAUACACCCGGUGGGACCGGUACCCCAACAAAAAGCCCCAGGGCCGCAGAAACCUGUCGGAAAGCAACCAGACGUCCAGCAGAGGACAGCCUAGACACUCUGAUACCAACACAGGACGACCUGUCACAAAAGGACUUCCUGGAAAAGGAGGACGAGAGGGACAGGCUGCGCAUCCCGGCUGCUGGCUCCUCCUCCCAGCCACACGGCUCCUCCUCCCAGCCACACGGCUCCUCCUCCCAGCCACACAGCUCCUUCUCCCAGCCACACGGCUCCUCCUCCCAGCCACACGGCUCCUUCUCCCAGCCACACGGCUCCUUCUCCCAGCCACACGGCUCCUUCUCCCAGCCACACGGCUCCUCCUCCCAGCCACACGGCUCCUUCUCCCAGCCACACGGCUCCUUCUCCCAGCCACACGGCUCCUCCUCCCAGCCACACGGCUCCUUCUCCCAGCCACACGGCUCCCUGCUCCUCCCCUCCAGAGUCUCCAGGCUGACUUCCUCCCAGGGUUCCCAGGGUCUCCCGGGGCGCUCGCAGGGCUCACAGCCCAAGAAGAAGACUCGAAUGGGAUUCUGACCCGUCUGCUCAUCAUGUGUGGAAGAACUGUUUGCUUUUGGAUCUAGUUCCUGGAUUAUUUUUUGAGGCUCCUGGAUUUGUAAAAUAAAUCCCUUGAUUCAUUCACUGACGCCGAAGUUCCAAUCAAGACGUUGUCUGAUUGGACGAUAAAAGGGGAAAGGAGACUCCUCGCCGGGAAAGGAUGUAGAAGAAGAUUCACUGGCAUGGUAGGUGUGUGUGUUUAAAUUGAGAUAUUGAUUGGGCAGCUGGAACUGGUUUUACUGUUUAAGGAGUGUCAUCGUAUAAACGACAGAAACGUUUGUGAGCUGAUUUCAUACAAAAAAAGGCUGAAAGCUGUAUUAGUUUUCCUUUAGUUGUUGUUUUUAAGUGGAUGGGGAAUAGAUGUAUUCAUGGAUGGAGGUGUGCACAGGUGUAGGAGGAGCUGCAGGAGUGGGCGGCGCUUGCUCCAGAGUCUGCUUUUCUUUUCUUUUUUAAAUAUGCAGUAGACUCAGCUGCUUUUUCUUUUUAGAUUGAUGGAAGAUGUCUUCAAACUGAACCCCGUUCCUCUUGAGCAGCUUUUUGAAUGUAGUUAAUGCACUUUUUUUAUAUAUACAGAUACAGAUUUUUUUACAUUUAUUUAUUUUUCAAUCUGCAAAAGUCAUCAUUCUCAGGAAAACCAAAGCAACGGUUUUAGGACAGCACCUGUCCAAGAAGUUGCCGCCUUUAAAAUCCUUUCAUGGCUGCACGGUUAAAUCAACUUAACCGCAUGGUUAAAGAGUAGAUAACUGUUUACAAUUGUUAUCCACUCCAGAUCUGUUGUGGAAAUGUUCUAAUGUGCUGUUACGCUGGAUAUGUUUAUGUUCAUGUUUGUUGAAGGACUCGCUAACUUUGUCUUGUUUUACUGGAACAUAUGAUUUCCUUUGGGAAUGAAUAAAGUGAGGAA